UGGGGCCCUGCGCGAGCGGCCGGGGCCUAGCGCUGCCCGUCGGUGCGUUCCGGAGCUGGCUGUGGCCGUGGGAUGGCUCCUCCCGGCGGAGGGCCUCGGCUGUCGGCCUGUGGCGGCAGGUGGUCCGGGCGGCGGCGGAGAGGAGAGCCCUGAGCCCGACCUGUCCGUGCCCGGCAGCCCCGGGGCCCGCUGUUUGUCGCAGCCCCUCGGGUGGCGGAAGGCUGUGGAAGAGUUACUUAAAGAGGCAAAACGUGGGAGAACCAGAGCUGAAACAAUGGGAGCUAUGGGUUGGUUGAAAUGUCCUCUUGCUGGUACAAAUAAACGAUUUCUUAUUAAUACCAUCAAAAACACAUUACCAUCUCAAAAAGAACAAGACCAAGAACGAGAGCAAAAGGAAGACAGUAAGGAGCCUGAGCCAAACAAAAGUAGGAAAGAAGAAAAACCAAAGAAACGCAGAAUUCAUCCAUACACACCCAGCUUUCAGGCCAGAAGGCGAGUCAGCUACUCUCCUCCGAGGCACCGAAACAGGAACCAGCACACAAAGGAUAAGCAUGAAAAGCGAUCGAGCAAACGAUGAGGAGAGGAGAGUGACAAGUAUGUGUUGUUACAACCAGGAAUGUCAUGAAGCGUCGGACUGCAGGGAUGUCACAGUUUUUCAGGAGAAGGUGCUGUUCAAAAUUGAAUUUUGAACUGAGUUGCUUGUGUGAGAAGUAACCUUGAGGUAGCUUUAGAAAACCUUUCUUCGGGACCUUUAAGAGAAAAGCAAAACGCAGCAUAAAUCUUUCCGUUGUUUUAGAACAGACAUUCCUUUCCCUUUGCUCCAUUCCUCUCCCCUUCUGACUAAGCUUGGCCAUGGUGAUGGAGCGCAAUAUGUGUGUCAGUGUCCAACGCAACUCUUUUAGUCACGUCACUCUUUUGGAAAUAAAUUUAAAUUAAGGAGAAAUCUAUUUAUUGUGCAAAGUUGGCAGAACUUCUUUGCUGCUAACCCAUAAAGAAGUUUUGCAUGUUAGUUUAGUUUUACAGAAUCUAGAAGAAGAGAAAGCUGGUCAGUGCCUGGCCAAGCACAUACAUUUUGUAUAGAAUAUAAGAGUUUGCUUUCUUUAGUAUAAAAAGAACAAAUUUCAAAUGGGCAACGCUGGUUUUGCUUUCCAGGAGUAACUACCAGGAAAUACUGAUUUUUGCUUGUUAUUGUAUAUUCAUAAACCUGUCAUAGAUGAUAAUAAACAUUACCCCUAAAAAGCCAUAACUGCAAUAAUUGUCUCUGUUUAGACUUCCCUCUGUAAGGAAGUAGUUUGAACAGUCUGUUGGCAUGGUGCUUUCAAAACAAACCUUGGAGACAAAAUUAUCAUGUUCUCUGUCCACUGCUAGAAAUUUCCAAGUAAAUGUGUAAUACUAGAAAUGCAGAGGUGAUACUUAAAAACAGUCAAAUGCUCACUUUACAAACAUGUGUGACAAUUCUGUAGUGGUACAGUUCUUAAACUUGUGACUUGGAGCACAUAGAAUACACGUCGGCAUAUUCCAUGUCUCACUUCUGUUUGCGUUACAAUAACAAACUUGUGAAAUAUUUUGUAUUUCAGUAUUCUCAAAAAUAAUUGUUUUGAACAUAGGUUUCUGAUUUUAAGUGUGUUGAAAAUAAAAUAAAAAAAUGUUCA